CCUUACGCUCGUUGUUGCCCUUUAACAGCUACCACUCGGACCCAUCCCAGCAGGCGAUCAUGGCUACCUUCCAGCUUUCGCUCGACGACACCUUCGGUGCCGCCUACAUCGGGGCUAUGAUCUCUGCAAUGCUGUACGGGUUGACGACACUGCAAACCUACCUUUACUACUCGCGGUUUCCGAAAGAUAGCUUUGGCCUCAAGUUCCUGGUUGGCGCCGUGUGGGCUCUUGAUACCGCCCAUGUCGCUCUCAUCUGCCAAGCGAUGUACCAUUAUUUGGUCACCAACUUCGCAAAUCCGCUGGCAUUGCUUGUUGGGACUAAUGGAACCUUUAUAUCCAUCUUGGUGAAUCUCGUGAUAUCUGUCCUGGUGCAAGCGUUCUUCGUUAAGCGUAUUUACAUCGUGGCGAGUCCGAGAUGGAGGUGGUGGCUUGUGGUACCCAUAAUACUUCUCGUUCUCGCUCAUUUCGCCUUUGGUCUCGCGACGUUCAUCGGCGUGUUCAAACGCAGAGACUUUGUCCGUAUACAGGAGAUCAUUAAUACCUCUGCGCUCCCUUUUGCCGUGAUAACGGUUGCAGCAGACGUGUCAAUUGCCGCGUGUCUCUGUGUCCUUCUCUACAAUCGCCGCACGGGUUUCCGGAGGUCGAACAAUAUCAUCCACACCCUCAUCGUAUACGCCGUCAACCGUUGCUUGCUCACGUCCUUCACUGCGACGGCCGAGCUCAUCACACUCGAUCUCAAGUCCCACACGCUCUGGUUCCUCGCCAUAGACUUUGUCAUUGGAAAGCUGUACGCCAAUUCCUUCCUUGCGACCUUAAUCGCCCGAGAAGGACUCCGCGAACGGGAUACCGCCAACACCGAAGACUCGAACACGCUCUCCAUGCCCUCCUUCCGCACGCGAACCCUCGAUACCUCGGCGCAAACAUCGAACGUACCACGCACGCCCGCCUCCGGGCGCAAGGGCCCCGAGGUCCACAUCAGCACCGAGCAGAUGCAUGACAUCUACUCUAUACCCGGCGUCGACUCCGAGCUGAAAUUCUCCCGCACGGAUACUGAUAUCAGCGCGAGGCGAGACUCGGACGUUUGA